AACCAAUUAAAAACCCAGGCAACAACCAGAAUCAAGUUAUUUAAGAAACCCCCUCUUUUGAAAUCAAACCAAAAGUCAUCAGAUCGAGGACCGGGUACGAAGACAACCCAACGGCCAUGGCGACGGCGACAAUGGCGAAUCUGACGGCCAUCAUUGCGCUCCUGAUCGCCGCCGCUCCUCCUUCCACCGCUUACACCAACCAUACAGUGGGCGACGCCGCCGGGUGGUUCUUCGAUACCGCCGCCAACACUUCCGCCACCAAUUACUCCAACUGGGCCGUUAACCAGACCUUCAAUCUCGGAGACUUUCUCAUUUUCAAUACGAGUUCGAACAUGACGGUGAUCCAGACCUCCAACGACACCACCUACCUGAGCUGCUCCAUGGACGACUCUCAGGACGACGACACGUUCCAGUACUACGGGGGCGACCAGCAGUUCGAGAAGGCGUUGACAGUAGCAGUUCCGUUGAUCGUCGAGGGCACCAACUACUACUUCUCCGACGCCGACGACAGUAUCCAGUGCCAGCGUGGCAUGGCCUUCGAGAUCCGGGUUCAGCAUGGCCUCGGCUUGCCGCCCAGCCUCAACCAGCCGCCGCCGCCGCCCUACAUCGAGCCUCCUGGACCCGGCUCCGCUCCGCCUCCGCCUAUCACCGUCACUCCAUCUCAGGGGAACGGUGGCUUCAGGGCCGCCGCUAACGUGCGCGGCGUCUUCUCUGUUCUCCUUCAUCUAUUGCCGUUUUCUAUUUUAAUAUUCUAGUUGGCACCGUUAGUUAGAUCGAUGGGAUUUUGCUUGUUAUUGUAUGUUUACUUUGGUAAUUUCAGUACACGGGACGUGUUUGGGUGUGGGCGUAAGGUGAACAUUUCCAGGGAUGAGCAUGUUCUGGACGGAUUACAUAUAUUAUUCCUUGUUCUUGGAUUAUAUGGGGAGGGGUUGAUUAGACGUGUAUUUCUUGUUUGUCGUUAAUCCGUUGACCAAACAAACACAUGAUAUUCACAGAUAUCUUUUUUCUUAUUGGAAAUUUGGUACCGUCGUAGCCUUUAAUAUAUAUAUUAAUUUCUGGUGA